CAGGACCCCCACCCAGCCACCCCAGGAAGAAGGAAUAAAAGGCUGCCUCUGCCCAGACCAGGACGCUGCAGCCAGAGACGCCACCACGAGGAGGUGACCAGGAGGAGGAUGUCUGAGCUGGAGAAGGCUGUGGUGGCCCUCAUUGAGGUUUUCCAUCAGUACUCUGGAAGGGAAGGUGACAAGCACAAGCUGAAGAAAUCCGAACUUAAGGAACUCAUCAACAACGAGCUCUCCCACUUCCUGGAGGAAAUCAAAGAGCAGGAGGUUGUGGACAAAGUCAUGGAAACACUGGAUGAAGAUGGAGAUGGAGAAUGUGACUUCCAGGAAUUUAUGGCUUUCGUUGCCAUGGUGACCACUGCCUGCCAUGAGUGAAACAGGAGGCAGCCAAACUGUUCCUGUAACAGAGACGACAGUCAUGCAGGGAAUCAGAAAACAAGGGCAGGCAGGGGCUGAGCUUUCCAUGUGUAGCUAAUUAGGAGGCUUGAUUUGCUUUCUGAAUGAAAAACUGAAAGCUUCUUUCCAAGGGCUGCUUAAAUCGCUGUCAUUAUUUCUGCUGUUAGGCAUUUGUGUGGUUUCAAGACUACUGGCAAUAAUCACUUAGGAAAGUCAAUUUUUAUCAUAAAGCAUGCGCUGUACAGACCACCACGGCCUAGCAGAAUCCUAACCCAGAAAAAACAAAAUGGGCUUUUCAAAGGAGUCCUGCAGAAUGGCUUCCAAAAAACCUGAAAAUACAAAACCUUGUCCACUGUCAUUCAAAAAGGCUGCCCUUCCUUCCAUUGUUCAUCAUUUGUCCAAGUAAAGCCUAAACAUGGCUUGACCACACCGUCACUCCCAUCCAAAAGAGCAUGGUCAUCUUUAAAUCCUUUUUCUUAUAGUGAGCUGUGAUUACUGAGUAAAUAUUUAAUGCUUACCAUCUAAACGGAAAAUGUCUCACGAACCAACAAGUACUGACAUUUAGCAGAACUGAGAAUCAAAAUUCUGCAUCCAGCAGGGUUUUUCUAGAUGACACACACCCCCGUGGCCCUGCAGCACGUGUGCGCAGGAGAAGCAUGGUUAGGCUCAGGACCAGUGUUUAGGGUCUGCCCUCUAGGUAGUUGUGCAGCAAAUAAUGUCAACUCCACGGCAGUCUCUGCUGUCUAUCAAAUGAGUGACCGCAAGGUCAGGGUUGGUGAGGUGUGUUGCUCUGGACUGCAGGGCCUCUUGGAUGAGUCUCUGUUGGUUGACGUCAUUCUUGACCUGCUGGUGCUGAGAGAACACCUGCUCCCUACCUGGUCAGUUCAAGUUGAGAUGUGGGAGGCUGAACUUGAUGCUUUUGUAUCUGCAUAUUCAAAUAAGUUCAAAUAAUUAAAGUUACUAAUAAAAAGCAAGUUACAACUAUUAAAAGUCACUCCAGAAAAAAUCAAACUGAUCUUAUUCCUUUUUCUGUUUUAUUUUUUUAACCAACUGAUUUUUUGCUUGUACUUGCAUUAUAUAAAAAGAUUACCAUA